UUGAAUGCAACGAAACGAUUGCAGAUAUUGCAUAAAAAUUUAUUGUCUGAAUAUUUAAAAUAAAAAGUUUCAUAUAAUGGCUGAUAAGAGAAAUCUAUUGUUGCUAUUUGACCGGCCAAAUGAACCGGUGUUCAUGGAAAAGGGUAAAACUUCCACAGUGUUCGAUAUACCAGAUCGCUAUUUGACUGACCGUUAUCGCCCUAUUGGCAAUGAAGUGCAGACGCGUUUCGGCGAGAAAGCCCAGCAACGUAUACCGGUUCGCGAGAUAUCCUUACCAGAUUUACGCUUACCCAUGUCUUUGGGUCGCGAGGAAAUUUUCUCACUAUUCGUUCCCAGACACAGACAAAUUGCUGGUCGUUUAAUAGAUAUUUUUAUGGGUGUACGAUCGAUUGAUGAUCUUCAAAGUGUAGCUGUUUACGCUCGGGAUCGAGUGAAUCCAUACUUAUUUAACUAUGCUUUCUCGGUUGCGUUAUUGCAUCGUCCUGAUACUAAGGAUUUGAAUAUACGUUCGCUAGCUGAAUAUUUUCCCGAAAAAUUUGUAGACUCCAAGAUAUUCCGUAAACUUCGCGAAGAAACAACCGCUGUGGAUGAGGGCUCACGUAUUCCGAUUACAAUUCCUCGUGACUAUACUGCUUCUGAUUUAGAUCCUGAACAUCGUCUUUGGUAUUUCCGAGAAGAUUUGGGAAUCAAUCUUCAUCACUGGCAUUGGCACUUGGUGUAUCCUUUUGAUGCUACCGAUCGUAGUAUAGUGGCCAAAGAUCGCCGUGGUGAAUUAUUCUACUAUAUGCAUCAGCAAGUCAUUGCUCGUUAUAAUUUAGAACGUUUUAGUAAUAACUUGGCUCGAGUCGCACGUCUUAACAAUUUUCGUGAUCCUAUUGCCGAGGGUUAUUUUCCCAAAAUGGAUUCUUUGGUAGCAAGCAGAGCCUGGCCACCACGUGCUCAAAAUACCAGAAUAAGUGACUUAAAUCGUACUGCCAAUCAACUGAAAGUGGAUAUUGGUGAUCUAGAACGCUGGAGAGAUCGUAUUAUAGAAGCAAUUCAGCAAGGUUUUGCUACGGAUGAUCGAGGUAAUCGUGUAUCAUUGGCGGGAGAUAGCGGUAUUGAUACGUUGGGUAAUAUGAUCGAGUCUUCCAUAAUAUCUCCAAACCGUUCCGUUUAUGGAGAUUUUCAUAAUGUUGGACAUUUAUUCAUUUCUUAUGCUCAUGAUCCUGAUCAUCGUUAUUUAGAAGCAUUCGGUGUUAUGGGUGACUCAACGACAGCCAUGCGCGAUCCGGUAUUCUAUAGAUGGCAUGCCUAUAUUGACGACAUAUUCCAGGAGCAUAAAAACCGUUUGCCAGUUUAUACCUUACCGCAACUACAAUACGAUGGUAUUUCAGUGACUGGUUUACAAGUGGCAGCUGAUGGUGGACGUCCCAAUAUAUUGAACACCUUUUGGCAGCAAUCCGAUGUCGAUUUAUCGCGUGGUAUGGACUUCUUACCACGUGGCAAUGUUUUCGCUCGCUUUACGCACUUACAGCAUACGCCUUUCACUUAUACCAUAAAUGUUAAUAAUCAAGGUGGAGCACAACGGUUCGGUACCGUUCGUAUAUUUUUGGGUCCUAAGAUCGAUGAACGUGGUUUGCCUAUGGCUUUUAGAGAACAACGUUUAUUUAUGAUUGAAUUAGAUAAAUUUGUGACUUCGUUGAAUCCCGGUAUGAAUACUAUACGUCGACGUUCAGAAGAAUCUAGUGUUACUAUUCCUUUUGAACGUACGUUUCGAAACGUGGAUGCAAAUCGUCCCCUUGUUGGUUCUGAUGACGAGCUUGAAUUUAAUUUCUGUGGUUGUGGCUGGCCUCAGCAUAUGUUAAUACCAAAGGGCAAGCCCGAAGGAUUAACUUGUCAGUUGUUUGUUAUGAUAUCUAAUUAUGAAGAUGAUCGGAUUGAUCAAGAUUUGGUGGGUAGUUGUAAUGAUGCUUCUUCUUAUUGUGGAGUACGUGAUCGUUUAUAUCCCGAUCGUCGUCCUAUGGGUUUUCCUUUUGAUCGCUUACCUCGUCGCGGUGUUGAUAGUUUGAUGAAUUUCUUAACUAAUAAUAUGAGCAUAGUUGACGUUACUAUUCGUCAUGACGAUCGCACCGUUGUACGUCAAAACUAGUUCGUGGCUUUUGAAUGCGAAAGAAUACUUCGCUUUUGAUUCUAAGCCACGAAAUUUUACGUUUUUGACUUAAUUCCUUUACGAAUUGUAAUAAAUGGAAAGACUUUGCAUGAACAAGAAUUUGAAGAUUAUCUUUUGUUAUGCAGGAAAGUGCUAAAAGAAAGCGGAAAUGUUAUUCUAUGGCAUAAUAACGGAAACGUGAAGUUACUUUGACGUAAACUGAACGAAACCGGUCAGACAUUAAAACCAAUAUAUCAGUUGAAAGUGAACAGAUUCAAUUCUCCAAGAACCAUAUCAAGUUCUUCUAAUGUAUUUUUGAGAUCUAGUAGCCUACACCUAGGUUAAAUAGCCUGCACCUAAUGCAAUUCUUCAUAUAUUUUCCUGAAAAAAGAUGGCGAAAAUUAUUUCUUGUUGAGCCUUUAUAGAGAGGGAGUUUA